GGGCCUCUUAUAAGAAGUUGGCUCCCUCGGUCCACACUCGAAAUCAGAUUUCAAACGGCAAUCAGUAGAGUGAAGAAAAUCCGUGUUAUAUGCGGUCUUUCUCCAGUUAAUUGCUCUGCUGUCUCUUCUCUCUCCGAUUAUUUUCUCCUCUGUCUCGAUCAUUCUUUUCAAAAUCGUCUUUCAUAGCUUUGGAUUUUUAGCUCAGUUUCCGACGGCGGAUAUUUGCUUUUCAUACCUCUCUGCACAUGGCAUCUGCGCCGUCGAACAAGAUCGACACGGCUCACCAGAUGUACAGGGACGGAAAGUAUGAGCAAGCGCUGGGCUUUUACACUGACGCGCUUUCCAUGGCCAAAACCAAGCCCCAGAAGAUCGCUUUGCAUAGUAACAGAGCUGCCUGUUUUUUGAAAUUGCACGAUUUCAAAAAGGCUGCUGAUGAAUGCACGUCGGUGCUGGAGCUUGAUCACAAGCACGCUGGAGCGUUGAUGCUGCGGGCGCAGACACUAGUCACCCUCAAGGAGUAUCACUCCGCCCUCUUUGAUGUCAACAGGCUUAUGGAGUUGAACCCUUCUUCGGAAGUUUAUCGAAAUCUUGAAGCUCGGUUGAGGACACAAUUGUCACUUGCUCCAAUACCUGAAUCUGAAGCUGAGUUGGAAGAAGAGGAAGAAAAAGAUGAAGCAGAACCAUUUAGACCUGAGGAAGAACAGCAAGACGGAGAAGAUGCAGCUAUAACAAUAGCAAGAACUAAUCAGCAAACUGAACCUUGUGCAGCUACUGUUAACACUGAACUUGUGCCUAGAAUUCCAACCAUCAACGGGUCUUCUGAAAUAUACAAAGAGCAAAAAUUUGAGCCUAGAAAGACCAUUGCUGCUGAAGUUAUUGCCCAAGCACAGCGGAAAGUUGAGCCUAGAAAGACUCUUGCUGCUGAAGUUAUAGCUCAAGCACAGAGGAAGAAGGAAUCAUCUGACCAACUUUCCAAAGGAUGGCAAGCAAUUCCAAAACCAAAGGGCCACUCUGCUUUGGAUUAUGCUCGUUGGGAUAGAGUUGAGGAUGACUUGAGUGAAGAUGAUGAUGAUGAAGAUGAUGAGGAGUCACAGCCUCAGUAUCGCUUCCGUGUAAGAACAGUUGGGGUACAAUCAGUGAAGUGAAAUGAGAUGCACAGUUCAUUGACAAAAAUGGCUGUACUUAUCAGUAGCAUACCACAAGGAGCAGUUGAGGUACUACUACUGAAUUGGAAAAUCUCUGAUAAAUGAUGUCACAUGUAUGAACCUGGGAAGUGGAAUUGACGACCAGAAGAUCUUUCUACUGCGAAAAUUUGGAAGGAUGGAUUUUGUAUCAGAGACUUGUGCAAGUUUUGCCGUUCCUUCAUCUUUCUCACUAAGGCCUUCUGAUGCCAGCUAAAUGAUGGCAUGCGUGAGCCUGGGAACUGACGAACAAAUGAUAUUUUUAACUAUCCAAAAUCAGGAAGAAUGGGUUUUGUAUCACAUUCUCGAGCAAGUUUCAAUCUUGCUAUGCUAUGUUGCGAAAUGAUGAAUACUAUUACCUUAAGUGGUUGGAUAGAACCUGGGGUUUAGGUAAUUAAUUAUUGUUAUUGGUAAUGUAAUUACCUCCCUAACUUUAUAAACAGAUAAUUUGGGUUGUUGUUCUCAAAUUAUUUUUAUUUUUAUUUUGUUUUUGUUCUGUUAUCAUAUAAUGUGGGUUUUGCUUGAA